AUGGUGUUCAAAGACAAGUCUACAUUCCUUGUUACCUCAUUGUCCCUUUUCCACGCGCGCCCUUCACCGCCGGUCUUCCAUUUUAACAAGCUCUUGGCCGCUUUUGUGAAGAUGAAGCGUUACCCCACUGCCAUUUCUCUAUGCACUGAAAUGAGGUUGAAAGGUAUCACUCCCUGUCUUGUCACUCUCACCAUUUUGAUAAAUUGUUACUGCCAUGUUGGUGAGGUCGCACUUGCUUUCUCUGUUUUCGGGAAGGUUAUGAAAUUUGGUUAUGGCGUUGAUAUUGUGGUCUUGAAUAGUUUGAUUAAAGGGUUGUGUUUGGGUGGGGAGAUUGUGAGAGCUUUGGAGUUUCAUGAUGAGCUUGUUGGGAUGGGGUUUCGGUUGGAUGAGUUCAGUUAUGGGACUUUGAUUGAUGGGUUGUGCAAGGCUGGGCGUACCAGGGCGGCAGUUUGGAUGCUGAGGAGGAUAGAGGGGCGAGCAGUUAGGCCGAAUGUUGUGAUGUAUAGCACUGUUAUUGAUGGAUUGUGUAAAGAUGGGCUUGUGAAUGAGGCGCGUCAUUUGUAUCUUGAAAUGAUUGUUAAGGGUGUUAGUCCUAAUUUGUUCACUUACCGGCCUCUAGUUUGCCAAUUGUGUGUUGUGGGGCAAGUGAAUGAAGCAGUUUGGUGGCUUAAGGAAAUGGUUCUGAACGGCGUAGUCCCGGAUGUUUAUGUAUGCACUAUUUUGAUUGAUGCAUUGUGUAAAAAAGGAAUGUUAGUGGAAGCUCAUUAUAUGUUUGAUAAAAUGAUUGAAUUGGGUCAUGAACCUAGCAUUGUUAGUUUCACUGCUUUGAUACAUGGUUAUUGUUUGAAUGAUAGAGUAGAUGAGGCAAGAGAACUAUUUGACAUGGUUUUUCGAUGGGGUAUUGCUCCUGAUGUUUGGCUUUAUAAUAUCCUGAUAAGUGCAUAUUGUAAGCUUGAAAGAUUAGAUGAAGCUUUGAAGCUCUUCGAUGAAAUGUUUUGCAGGAAAUUGUUUCCCAAUCUUGUGACUUAUAAUUGUCUUAUUGAUUGUCUUUGCAAAUCUGGGAGAUUCUCAUAUGCUUGGAAGCUUGUUAAUACAAUGUGUGCUAAUGACCUAAGCCCUGAUAUUGUCACUUAUUGUAUCUUCUUAGAUGCUUUAUGCAAAAACCAACAUCUUGACAAGGCAGUUGCCUUAUUUAGCAAACUGACUAAAAAUGGGUUGGCCCCUGAUGUUUGGAGUUAUUCCAUAUUGAUUAAUAGUUAUUGCAAAGAACAAAGGAUACACGAAGCUUUGGCGCUCUUGAGAGAAAUGCAUCUAAAGAAUUUGGUUCCUCAUACUGUAACUUAUAGUUCUUUUAUUGAUGGUAUGUGUAAAUUGGGGAGGAUCUCGAGUGCAUUAAAGUUUCUUGAUGAGAUGCAUGAUAUAGGUCCACCCCCUGAUACAAUAACUUACAGUGUCGUGUUAGAUGCUUUAUGCAAAACCCAAAAUCUUGACCAGGCAAUUUCAUUAUUUAACAAAAUGGUUAAAAAUGGUUUGGAACCUGAUGUUUGUAGUUAUACCAUCUUGAUUUCUGGAUGUUGCAAGAGUGAAAGGAUAGAUGAAGCCAUGCAUCUCUUUGAAGAAAUGCGUCUAAAAAAUUUAGUUCCCGAUUUUGUAACUUAUAUUUCCCUAGUGGAUGGCUUGUGUAAAGUUGGUAGAAUCUCAAAUGCACGGCAGCUUGUUAAUGUGAUUCAUGACAAAGGUCUACGCUUACGUCUUAUCACUUACCUAGAUGUACUUUGCAAAAGGUGGCAUCUUAACAUGGACAGCAAGCGCCUUAUUUCAUAAUGUUGUGGCCAAAGGUAUUUGUAUUGAUAUGCGCACAUGGCUAUCGCAAUUCAUGGUGUGUCUAUAGGUUGAAUGCAAAAUAUCACACAGGAUUCUCUGAGCAUCCUUGCUUAUAGUGGGGUAUCCGAUGCCAAAAGUAUACCAUUAUGAUCUAUGAACUUUGCGAAGAGAUGUCGAAUUAAGCACUGUCCUUGCUUAAAAGGUGGAGACAUGGAUGCUUCUCAAAUGUUUUAACCUUUGAGAGUUAUUCUUACUGUUCUAAAAAACAGACCCACAACGAUAGAGUAACUAAUUGAAGCCAUUGCUGAAGGUCUUAUGAGAUGAAAAAACGAGUAUACAACUGCAUUUUGUACGGAGAAAAUGCAGAUGUGAUGAUCGAGGAAUGAGGAUUUUGAUCUGGAGGAUGAUGAGUAGGGAUGAUUGAUAGUUCGGUUUUCUGCUAAACAAAAUGGAUGCUCUCUUUAUUGAUGUAUUGUAUACAUAAUCAGAAUGCCCUGCUGAAUGGGCAAAAGCUCUAAAAUGGCAUUGCUGGCGGGUUGUAAGAUUGAGUUGAAGUUUGAUAAAUUACUCUGAGAAGGGUUCAUUGCUAACUUCUUGGCAUGGAAUUGGGCAUAAAACAUUUUGACGACAGAACUUCCCUGAGCUCAGUAAUUGCACAUUUGAGGUGGCAUUGCGUUCUAAAACUAGACUUAAGAACCAAAGUUUAGUUUGAUAAAUGAUGACUGUGGUUCAUUGUUCACUACCACCAAAGCCAUGUAAACGCUCUGUACUCCUGGGUUCAUUUGUGGAUACCAGAGCUCUGCCUCGCAUGGUGUAAUAGAGCCAUGGCGGAGCUUUGCAUGCCUGGGUUUCGUAGUUCUAUUUGGGUGUGAAGUGAAGCUUGUUUCUCUGAAUUUUUCGGGGGUUAGAGUUUUGUUUGAUUUUCAAUUGUGAAAGAAGAAAGAUUUGGAUGUGAUUUGAAAAGAAAUUAGGGAGAAAAAUGUGAAA